CCUGUCCACGUCGCAGUAAGCCUCGUGCGUUAGUGCAUAGAAUAUCAAUCGAUUCAUUAACAAAAACUCAAACUGCAAGUUGUUUUUAUAUCGUACGUGUUGUUAUACAUAUUUUUAUUGCUUAAAUAAUGAUUUUGAUACAGAAUUUACCUUCUGAAGUUAUUUUAAUAAUUCUGGAAAACGUAACUAUUAGCUUGAAGGAUGUUGAAAAUUUUGGUUCCACGUGCGUGCAAUUUCAACGUAUAUCCCAUGAUAAAAAUCUCUGGAGAAAAAAGUAUGCUGAGAGAUGGCCUUCUGCGAAGGUACAUUUCAAAAACAAAGUAGGCGUCAAAUUUGAUAACGCCAAUAUUGAAGAUUUAAAAGAGGGUAUGAAAUGUGCAGAAGACUUGUGGCUAUACGUGUCUCGUCUGCCUAAGAUGUAUUACUGUGGAAUAAUUUAUUCGAAUAUUAACUUUGAGGAUAUGGAGGAUACCAAAUCCAAUCCAAUUUAACAAAAAGACACUACAGUAUAAAAAUAUUUCGACAUUUGAAUACAUAUAUUUUUCAUAAAAAAU